AAUGUGAAUAAAUGUCAUUUGUUACCAACAGGUAGAAACUGUACAAAUUACGAGUACCGGUGCUCAAAUUCCCGGUGCAUACCAAAGGGCAAUCUGUGUGACACUCAAUGCGAUUGUGCGGCCACUUGUGAAGAUGAAUCUCUUGACCAGUGCUCCCAUUAUUACACCAAAAUUAACGGCUUAAGUGUAUGCAGGCGUGAGGCGACAGUUGCCUGUACUCUAUCGGAGAACGGAAAGGUCGUCGAGCGCUGCAUCGGAACCAACUAUACCUGCAAUGGAUUCAACGACUGUCUCAGAAACUUUGCUGACGAUGAAUAUGGCUGUGAAUACGGAGACAUAACACGCGAACUGAGAAAGGAUUUGGAAACAAACGAUUAUUAA